AUGAAAGGUUUACUUCUUAAAUUUAAAUUUACAGAACAGAUAUAAAUUUCAUAAACUUUAUAAAUCAAAAGAUUCUAUAAAGAUGCAAAAAUUGAAAUGGCUAUUGGAAUUGCCAAUCCAAAAAAUCAUUGGUUAAUUAAGGUAAAUUAAAAAUAAUUUAUAUGAUUAGUUGGAUGGAAAAGCAGUAAAAACACCUUUCAAAAAUGUAUUAACAAUACCAACCCCAUAAUUAGCUUAAUGUAUUGCUGAUGAAUUUAAUUCAUAAAAGGAAAUGAUAAAACCUAAUACUAUGCCAUUAAUGACAUUAGCUAGAAAUGCUGUAGAUAUUGAAGCAGAUGAGAGAAUGAGAAUAUUUGUAGAACAAUCAAUCAUUAAUUAUUUAGAAAGAGACACAGUUUUAUUUAGAGAUUAAUCAUAAUCAGAACUUUAUUAAAUAUAAAAGUAGAAAUUAGAUCCUCAAUUAAAAUUAUUUAAUCAAAUAUUUGGUAUGCACUUAAAGGUUAAUUUUGGAAUUGAUGUGGAACCAUUAAAAUAAUAUGAUUAAAUCAGAAUUAAAACUAUUCUCAAAGAAAUGAAUAGUUGGUAAUUAGUUGGUUUGACAUCAAAAGUUGGUAUGAUUUAACUAAUAAUUAGAAAACUUAAAAUCAGCUAUUUUAGCAUUAUAAAUUUGGAAUAAUCAAAUUGAUAUUCAAGAAGCUAUUAAAUUGUCAAGAAUUGAAGAAGAUUAUUAAAUCUCAAAAUAUGGGUAGGUUGAAGGGCAUCAUGAUUUUGAUGAAAAUACAAUUUAUUACUAAUUAAAAGCAGCUAAACUUUUUGCUUAACUCAUCCAAAUAUAAAGUAUUACUUAUUGA